AAACUCGAGUGGCGGCGGCCUCUGCUUUGCGGAUGAUCGAGACUGAAAAUCAGUCAGAUUCGCGCGCGAGCAGACUGGGCCAGGAAACCGAGGAUCUCCUCGUAGCUGGCGGCGGUAACGGUGGUAAUCACGAGACUGGUGAGGAAACAGCUGCUACAACUACCGCGACGACAGUGGAGGACAUAGACACGAUGAGAAAAGAAGAGCAAGAAACGUCGCGGAUUCACGAGAAUUCGUCCAAGGGCGGCGUCGUCACGAGCAUCGCGACGCCCACCGCGGCAUCGGCGAUGCCGGUGGAAGACGACGAAGAGGAGGAGGAAGCGGAAGAGGAGGAGGAAGAGGAGGACGCCGAGGAGGAAGAGGAGGAGGACGGGGAUGAGGAGGGUGAAAUCGUAGUGGAGGGUGGAAUGACGACGCGAGAAGAGGUCGGGGGUGUGUUGGCCGGUGGUGAAGGUGGGGGUGGAGGCGGCAUGGCCGGCUACUGGAGGCAGAGCAGACCCUCCAGUCCCCGCAUGCCGCCUCCGGAGCAGUCGGAGCAGCCGAGCCGACCCAAGAGCCGGCACGAGCUACAACCCGCGAGAUAUAACAACCUCGGCUACUGGCGAGCGAGAAGAGUAACCUUUUACAAAAAUGGCGAUCCUUACUUUCCAGGGGUGGAGUUCAGAUUCAAACCCGGUCGCGACAUUGGUUCUUUGGAGGCCCUACUGGAUAGAUUGUCCCUUCGACUGGAUUUACCGAGAGGGGCACGCCACAUCUUCUCGAUGGAUGGUGACAGAAAAAUCCACCUUGACGAACUCGAGGACGGUGCCUCGUACGUAGUGUCCAGCUACAAAACAUUCAAGCCGGCCAGCUACGGGAAGAAGAACAACACAUGGUACACUAGCCCGGCAGGCGGUGGAGGUAGUAGGAGUGGUACCACCGGGGCCGGAAGUGGAGUUGGAGGGUGGCAAAGUAGACCGCCAGCGGUACCAAGUCUUAGCCGGAAAGCCUCCAUCACUGAAGAAGCACCACCCCCCGGUGGUGGAAAGCCCUCUUCGGGUCGUGUCAUUCGUAUCGUUAACAACCAUGACCAUACUGUUCAGUGUCGAGUUCUAUUGAAUCUUCGGACAUCGCAACCCUUCGAGGAAGUUUUAGAAGAUCUUGGGCAAGUGUUGAAAAUGAAUGGAGCUAAGAGGAUGUUUACUGUUUCAGGACAAGAGGUGAGAAGUUUUUCACAAUUGAGAAACGAGUUUGCGGAUGUGGACACAUUUUAUUUGGGUACCGGAGCAGCUCUCGUUAUGACCGGUGGCGUGACAGCAUCCCCGGUACGAAGGUCAAGGUCACGCGGACCAUCCACUGUCGUGGAAGAAGUUAGUCGUCAAAGAAGGGCUCGUAGCAAGAGCAGACCACGAGCCUUGUAUGCUCCUGACUCCGAAGUUGUUCGAGUAAACGAUUAUAGCGUCGUAGAAGUGCUACGCGAGGAGCCAGCCAGGGUGACAAUCAGAGGACUUAGACGAUCGUUCUAUCCUCCCUCUCAUCUGCCUCCAGUCGAUAAUUCGCCACCUGAGAAGAAAUUGCAACUCGAAUGGGUCUACGGUUAUCGAGGGACCGAUACUCGCAAAAAUCUUUGGGUUUUACCUAGUGGCGAAUUAUUAUAUUACGUCGCCGCUGUGGCGAUACUUUUCGACCGAGAAGAGAAUGCGCAACGACAUUAUAUCGGCCACACGGAGGACAUUAUGUGCAUGGAGGUUCAUCCCAGUAGGGAACUCGUCGCGUCCGGUCAAAAGGCAGGCAGACACAGGAAAGCGCAGCCGCAUGUUCGUAUAUGGUCAACGGAGACUCUUCUCACCCUAUAUGUGUUUGGCAUGACCGAAUUUCAAAUGGGCGUUUCGGCAUUAGCAUUUUCACAACUGAACGGUGGUAGUUAUGUACUUGCCGUGGAUUCUGGGAGGGAAGCUAUACUUUCGGUGUGGCAAUGGCAGUGGGGUCACUUGUUAGGCAAAGUGGCGACCAUGCAAGAAGAUCUCACGGGUGCAGCAUUUCAUCCACUGGAUGAUAAUCUCUUGAUAACACAUGGGCGCGGUCAUUUAACAUUCUGGAAUCGGCGAAAAGACGGUUUCUUCGAACGAACUGAUAUCAUCAAGCCACCGUCGCGUACACAUGUGACGAGCAUCCAGUUCGAACAGGAUGGUGACGUCGUCACGGCCGAUAGCGAUGGUUUCAUCACGGUAUACUCGGUGGAUGCGGACGGAGCAUAUUUUGUACGAAUGGAAUUCGAAGCACACAACAAAGGCAUUAGCUCCCUCGUAAUGUUAUCGGAAGGCACGCUCCUCUCCGGUGGCGAGAAGGAUAGGAAGAUAGCCGCUUGGGACUCAUUACAAAAUUACAAACGCAUCACCGACACAAAGCUGCCAGAAUCGGUAGGCGGAGUCCGCAGUAUAUAUCCACAACGACCUGGACGGAAUGACGGCAACAUUUAUGUAGGAACCACGCGAAACAACAUCCUCGAAGGUUCUCUGCAAAGAAGGUUCAACCAAGUGGUAUUCGGUCAUGGCAGACAACUGUGGGGUCUGGCGGUUCAUCCCGACGACGAAGUUUUUGCCACCGCGGGACACGACAAGAAUAUCGCUCUCUGGCGAAGACACAAACUAUUGUGGACUACCCAGGUGGGUUUCGAGUGUAUAUGCAUAGCCUUCCAUCCGUUUGGCGUAGCAUUAGCGGCGGGAUCUUCGGAGGGUCAUCUUUUGGUACUCGCAGCUGACACUGGUGCAGCCGUAGCAACCCUGAGAGUAUGCGGAUCGCCGCUGUCUUGCAUCGGAUACAAUCCUACUGGAGAGAUCGUAGCCAUGGGUUCCCAAAACGGCAGCGUGUAUCUCUUUAGAGUAUCCAGGGAUGGGUUUUCAUACAAGAAGAGCAACAAGAUCCGCGGUACGCAACCACUGAUGCAGCUCGACUGGAGUUCCGACAGUCGCUUUCUCCAAACUGUCACUCAAGAUUAUGAUCUUCUAUUCUGGGACGUCAAGGUGUUGUCGUCAGAAAAGAGUCCAUUGGUUAUGAAAGAUGUCAAGUGGUACACCCACAAUUGUACCGUUGGUUACAUGACUUCUGGGCAAUGGAACAACCGCUAUUAUCCAUUGACCACAGUUGUCACCACCUCGAGUAGAUCAGCAGCACACGAUAUGCUGGUGAGCGGUGAUGCUGAAGGGUACCUUCGACUCUUCAGGUACCCGUGUACCAGCGCCAAAGCUGAAUAUGUCGAGGAAAAGGUGUACAGCUCGUUACUGGCUUGUGCCAGGUUCCUCUACAACGACCAGAAUGUCGUCACCGUCGGUGGCACCGACGCUGCCUUGAUGCUCUGGGAAUUGGUCGACGAAUAAAAAGAUAGAAUUAAGUCUCGCUAGAAUAUCUUACUUAUUGUAUCCAGUAGGUGUUAUCGUAGAACGAUAAAAACAGGGCGCUGGCGCCUUUUAGAUUUUGAACGAUAAGUGGGGCUCUUUUGGCAAUUUUGGUGUGAAUUUCACAUGAAAAAUGCCCAAAAAUCGAAUAACAUAAACAAUGUAAAUACGUGAAGGAAAUUGUCUCGCAAAUCCUUUUUCCAAUUUUAAUUCGAAAAUCCAAUCCUUGACGCCAGCUCAGGCAUUUCAUUAUAUGGAUUUCACUACAACAAUUAGAGUUCCAUGAUGAUACGACUCGCACUUGUUUCGUUUUAGUGUAAAUCCUAUUUGUGUAAAUUUAUGAACGAUGAAAUUAAUUUAUUUGACUUUAACGAUUCUUAAAAUUUUCCUUAACUUUUCCGUUAUUAGUCUUUCGAGUUUUUCCAGUUUGUUUUCUCGAUACCACCGACAAGAUUUUAUACAAUCUUUUCGUAAGAUGUAUUGAAAAAGCUACCGCUCGAAAACAAAGUCACACUUAUGUGAAUUGCUUUCAAUCCCAAAUUCAUCCUCAUAUACAUUGUAUAUGAAGCAAAAAUUGAUUGCGAGAUGAGUCAACAAAAAAAUAAUCCGUAAGACGCAAGGUGUAAAUGCAAUGAGCUGUGACGAAUUAAUGUUUGUGUGUUAUUUAGGACAUUCGCUAAUCAUUCGAGUUUCACACGAUGAAGUUAAAUUUAAGCUAUCGUUAUAGCAAGUCAAAUCCAAGAAGGGAGGAUAUAUAUAUAUAUAGAUAAAUAUUGAACAACGCAAUGACGUACGAUCGAUCGAUCGAAUGAGCCGGAUAGAAAUUUCUCCCGUCUUCGAAUGUCUUGCCUGUAAAAGUCAGUUGACGAAAUAAUGACGGAAGCAUCGAAAAUUAAUCGAAAAUUUAAUUCAAGUUUGAACGAUUAUGUAUAAGACAGGCAUUAUGAAAUUGGUCACGCUGAAAUUCAAUCACUAGCAUUGGCAUAGCUCUUGGCUCUCAGUUCUAUCCGCCGAUAUUCGUCAACAUUCGAUUGUUGUUGAAUUAAAUUUCCAAUCGCGUGCGCGACACGCGACACUGCAUGUGGACAUGAAUAUGGAUAUAAAAAGUAUGCGAUAAUAUACUACAUAGCUAAAGCCUCGGAGCCUGGCAUUUAUCCUCUCUCAUUUCCUAUCUCGUCUUUGUCUCGUCCCGCGAGACGAUCAAAGUUCUACUUGCUUAGUAAAAGGAGAAACUUGGCUAUAGAGUAACGAACAGGCAUUUACCACUGCCAGAAGAUUCAGAUUCCUGGUAUAGGUAUUGGAAGUAAGAGAAAGUACAAGGAGAAGAAGCCCUUAAUUUCGUUACUGGCUUAAAGUCUACUCUUUUCUAGCCGCAUUCUGUAUAUUACAAUAUAUA